UGAAGUGAGCCGGUAAACUAAACUCAGUUGGCCGGCACGCGGCAACACAGACGCGCGUAUAAUCUGUGGCCAUUUGUAUAUUAGUUAUUUAAAAAGAAAACAACAUUGAAAUAUCAAGUUUAACUACAAGAUAUAGUAAAAAUUAUUUUCUUCAACCAUGGGCAGAGUAAAGGUAUCUGACGCCCAGCGGUUCAUGUCGGACUGCCUGAAGGCUGUCGGCACUGCGAGCAAGGCAGCCGACCUGCAGGCCGCGCUGCUCAUCCAGGCUGAUAAGUUUGGACACCCUAGUCAUGGACUGAAUAGAUUAGAAAUGUAUAUCAACGACAUUUUAAGUGGUGCCUGCAAACCGAACAACCAGCCGAAGAUACUGAAGGAGUCCCAGUCGACAGCGUGGGUCGAUGCCAACAACGUGCUCGGAGCUACAGCCAGCCAGUUCGCCAUGGACAUAGCGAUCAAAAAGGCACAGGAGACCGGCGUAGGAUGGGUUUCAGUAAAAGGCUCCAAUCACAACGGUAUGGCUGGUUUCUGGUCUCAAAUGGCAGCAGAUAAAGGUCUCAUUGGAAUGGCUUUCACCAACACCUCACCCUUGUUAGCACCGGCUAGGAGUAAACAGGCAGCCUUAGGAACCAACCCUCUGUCAGUAGUUGCACCUGCCUCGAAGGGGGAAUCCUUCUACCUCGACAUGGCCACCACUGCAGUUGCUGUGGGAAAGAUUGAGAUGCAACUUCGUAAAGGAGAACCGAUACCCCACGGCUGGGCGCAAGGACCUGACGGCAAGGAGACUACAGACGCUCAAGUAGCGUUCGAUACGAAGUGUCUAAUGCCGUUGGGCGGCAAUGAAACCACAUCUGGCUACAAAGGGUACGGGCUGGCGGCGAUGGUGGAGCUGUUCUGUGGAAUAUUGUCAGGUGCUAACUACGGACACCACGUAAGAUCAUGGUCCCACGCGGGAGACGGUGGGCCAGCCAACCUGGGGCACUGCUUCGUGGCCCUCGACCCUGAACGGUUCGCGCCUGGCUUCGGAGACCGCCUCGCUGACUGCAUACAACAUUGGCGACAGUUGGAGCCUACGGAUCCUAAUCUGGCCGUGCUGGCUCCUGGAGACAAGGAGAAGAAGGCGGCAGCAGAAGCAGAAGCCAGCGGCACAGUGUCAUAUGUCCAACAACAGAUCGAGUCUAGCGCAGCGCUCGCGGAGAAACUCAAAGUUAAACCAAUGCAGGUUGAAGUUGAUCUUCAACAGUAGGUGUGAAAUGAGGGCCUUUUUUGGUCACCAGGUAGCGCUUACGUAGCAUGAGGUCUUUUUAUCCAAUCAUUAUAUUUAUAAUUUUAUUAUAACUUUUGUGAAACAUACUAAAAUGAUUAGAUAGAUAAAAAUAGGCUACUGACUAGCCAUUGGAUAUACAAUUUUUUACAAAUAUACUGAUUUUUUUAAUAUUUGACGACGAACUCGACUAGUUUAAGUCGUGCUAGAGGCUCAUAUUCAGGAGCACCGAGCAGCAUUCAUCAGAAUAUGAGCCUCUAACAUGGCUUGAAACUAUUUGCGUUCCUCGUCAAACAGUUACGUGAGUAAGCCGAUAACAUAAUAAUUAAUGACUAUCAACAAUGGCUAUUAUAUGUCCAAUGGCUUGUCAGUAGCCUAUUUUUUGGACAAACUGACUUCAUGCACAUAAGCGUUAUUUGGUGUACAAAAGAACAGUAGCUCUCAUUUAGAAGUACCUACGUUUCUGUGAUAACUGACUGAAGAAUGAUGAUGUCAAGAUACUGAUGCAAUGCAUAUCGCACUGUAUGUGAACUAUUGUGUGUUUAUACAUAUUUUGUAUAAUAAAGUUGUUGUUUGUUACCCAAUCAUCGAUAAUAAAAUAAAAAAUAUC